AUGUCUCCAGCUCGAGGCUCACUACCAAGACUUUUGCCCAGACUAUCGGGUGAAGAAGAGCGACGACCAGAGGCACCACAACCCCGCAGACGCCGGCUAGUAAGCAAUGCUUGCAACAGCUGUAGGACACGAAAAACCAAGAGAAUUAGAGAAGCUGAAAGCGUUGACACUGCCGUUGGUGAUUUAGCCGGUGCAAGCCUCCUGCUGCAAUCCUCUUAUCGAGCGGUUGCAGCCACUGGACCGCCUUUGGGACAAUGUCCUGCUUCUGCUUCCCGUCCACUGUUGACGUCCCCAUACGAAGACUGCGACUUUAUAUUUGAGAAACGCUACGACACUGAUGCUUACUACCGACGGGUAGAUCCAAGCCUCUUUGUGGAUGUAUCAGGUCAUGAUUUGCCAUUGUCCAGCUGGACCAGGGUAUCUACUGAUGAUCACCGCAUGAAUCAUUUGCUCAACUUGUUCUUCACCUGGGACAAUAUCGUGGAGCGUAUCAUCUAUCGACCAAUCUUCGAAGAAGAUGUUAGAAGGAUCAGAAGAGGGAACCAAGGUGACUAUGACGACAAUACCGCCAGCGACUUUUGCUCUCCCUUUCUGGUCAGUUGCCUACUGGCCUUGAGCUGCCUCUACUCGAUGGACCCAGCAACAUACAAAGACCCUGGGGAUCCCAAAACAAGGGGGAGGCUAUGGGCGGAGGAGGCUGAGCUUCACCUGCAAAAUUGCCCCCGGCCAUCCAUUGCUCUUAUGCAAGGUCUAUACAUUCUGCUCAUCUACGAGGCCAAUCUUAGUACUGGCGCAGAAACGCUACAAUACUUGACGCGAUGCAUGGAUGUCUAUAGAAUUCUCAACGAUAGGAACAUGGACGAGCUUGCUGACGACACGGUGCCUGAGCCUCGACGGAGGCUGGAGAGAGAAGCUACUUCGUGGUGCAUGUGGGGAAUGUAUUGCACUGAAUGGCGAUCUACUGAGGCGCUUGGUCUUCGAAAGUUGAGCCGCCCGCCAAAGAUUGACAAAGUGUGGCGUGAGAGCAGCUUCACGCUUCACCAGACUGGGUCCGCAGGAUACUGUUGGUAUCCUUACCCGCUGAGCCUUCAGAUGCAGCCAUCAAUGCAGGUGGCUAUCAGGGAGGCGGAUGCUGCGCUUUCGCAGAUUGUCGAAUUGAUAUUAAACUAUCUACAUCCCGACGAGAACGGUGUCGACACUGUGUCUAAGCCUGGCUAUGCAUUGGAGCUCUACGACGCUUUGCUCAAUUGGAGAUACGGGCUUCCCCAUGAAUUGCGAUUUGAGCAGUCUGUGCUGCCGUCCGUCAUUGCUUUGCAGUAA